AUGGAAGAAGGGGUUUUUGGAUUAAGCAAAAAGUAAAAAUACUAUAUAUAUUUAACUUUGUUAAUGCCAUGUUUAUUGCCUUUUAUAAUAAUGUAAAUAUAUAAGGAUGGAUUAUUUACUUUAACAAUAACAUAACUAGCAUAUUUAAUAUUACCAUAUAUUUAUGUGAAAUAUGUAAGUAAAGAAAAAGAAAUUCAGAUAUUUUUUUUAGGAGAAUUCAAUAAUAGAUUAUAAUAAAUAAAAUAUGGGAUUACUUUAGCAAUUACACUUUUUUUAAUAAUAAUAUUUUAUUAUAUUCUAUUAUAUGAAUUUAAAGUAAUUUAAAAAUAAUUAUAAGUUCCUUUAAAAAUAUCUUUUUUUUAUUUACUUUCUUUUAGUAUUGUUUUCGUUUGUGUAAAUCCUGUAAUGGAAGAAUUAUUUUGGAGAUUAUUUCUUGAGAAAAUGUUUAAGGAUGAUAAAAAAUAUAUAGUUCAUAUUUUUUAUACAAUUUUUCAUUUUAUCGCUCUUUGCUAAUUCAUGAGUUGGACACUUUCUAUUCUUUUUGCAACAACAUUUUAUUCUAUUGCUAGAACUUUUUCUUAUGUAAUGCAUAAUAAAGGAUUGCUUGCAAGUAUAAUUGGACAUAUAAGUUUAGCUUUUGGAUCACUUUUUGCUAUUUUAGAUAUAUUGUAUAUUGAAUGGGAGCAUUAAAUGGAUGUUAUUCAUUAAUCUUCUAGACCUUGA